AUGGGAUCUCAGGAGGGCCUGGACGAGGUUUCUGUGCUCGCGAGAUUCGACGAGCUCGUUGCGCAGGGGACGGUGCUGUAUAGCCCCGACUUGAAAAAGGUGUAUCACACCGAUGAGGGGCUCAAGUUCGAAUUCCGUCUCACGUCAGCUCUGAAAUCGAAGCCAACCGCCGUAUGGGGCAACUCGGAGCUCGACGAGGAGCAGUCUGAUGGCGCCGCGGCCCCGGCAGCAAAGUCCAGACAUGCGGAAGUCACGCUGAGCGGGAAAAGCAUCGAGUUGGACGCAGACGGCCGCAUUCCGGGCGGCGACAUCUCGGUCGCGGGGUUCAUCGUCGACGCGGUGGACAACACUCACUUGCUCAUGUUUAACAAGUUCUGCGCGUACAGGCCUCACCUGAUUCUCCUGACGGCGGACGGUCACAGGAGGCAGUUUGAAGCGCUGAAGGAGGAUGACCUCGACGCCGCGACGAGGGUUCUAGGCGCGCUGAACCGCGGUAGCUCCGGCACCAAGGACGCAAGGGGCGACGGGGAUGAGUAUCUCGCCAUUUUCAACUGCGGCAAGGAGGGCGGGUGUAGUCGGCUUCAUAAGCAUAUGCAAAUCAUACCCGCCCCGCGGGAGUUUGCUCUCUGGCCCGACGAGAAGGUCGACGUGCCGUUUGAGUACUUUGUUCACCGCUUCUCCGCGGGCUGGCCGUCGCCGGGGGAUCUGGCUAGGGUGUAUGAGGAGAUGCUGAUGAGGGCUGCGCGUCUUGUGCCUGGUCGUGAGGACGUGGUGGAAGAAGACGAGGAUGGACACAAGAUCGCCGUGCCGCAUAAUGUCAUACUCGGCCGACGGUGGAUGGUUGUCAUCCCGAGGACGAAGGCGGGCGUCGACGGCGCGGAGGCGAAUGCAGCGGGGAUGCUGGGGAUGGUUUGGGCCUCGGGGGAGGAGACGCUGGAGAAGUGGUUGGCGUUGGGACCGAGAUGGGUUCUGGGGGAGGUUGGAGUGAGGAAGGUUGACGGGUAA